AUGGCUCCUUCCGAGUACUCUAAGGGUAUCAAAGUUGCAGGUAGAUCUAGAAAUAUUGAUCUUACAGUUGACCUGUUUAAUGAAGCUGCAAACAAGCAAAUAAAAACAACAGGUAUUUAUAAUUCGCUGAUGGCUGCUCAGAUGUUAAAUGGUCUUCCUGGGAAAUGCCGGUCAUUAUUUGUGCGGAUGAAGAUGGUUGAAACUUGUAGCCCUAACGUAAUAACCUACAAUAUUCUUAUUUCUGUUUUUGGCCGCUUGAUGCUCAUAGAUCGUAUGGAAGCAAUAUUUGAGGAGCUACAUAAUUCAGGCCUCUCCCCGAAUAUAAGCACUUAUAAUUAUUUGAUUGCUGGGUAUGUUACAGCCUGGAGGUGGGAUAGAAUGGGAAAAACUUUUCAAGUGCUAAAGUCAAACCCUUUUAUACGACACUCAUACCUGCUGAUGAUACGUGGGCAUGCUAAUUCAGGUAAUCUGAAGAAGAUGGAAGAGACAUAUCAGUUAGUGAGGGAUUAUGUCAAUGAGAAUGAAAUUCCUUUGAUCAGGUGCAUGAUGUGUGCAUAUAGUAAAAGUUCCGAGCCUGAUAGAGUGAAGAAGAUACAGGAAUUACUGGUGUUGAUUCUGGAAAAGGAGUACAGGGCAUGGCUAAAUGUGUUGUUAAUUAGGCUUUAUGCACAAGAGCACUCCUUAGAGGAGCUGGAGAUCAAUGAUGCAUUUGAGCACAAAGUCUUAGUAAGAACAAGUGGUAUAAUGAGAUGCAUCACUGCGACUUAUUUUAGGAAAAACUUAGUGGACAGGUUAGAAAAUUUUUUGAGGCGUGCUGAAUGUUCCAACUGGAAAAUUUGCCUCUCCUUAUACCGUUGUAAGAUGGUCAUGUAUGGAUCACAAAAGCGCUUUGAGGAAAUUGGAAGUGUCCUGAAUGAGAUGGUAGGUGUCAACUUGAGUUUGACAAAGAAAACAUUGUGGAUUUUGUAUAAAGCUUAUGUAAGUUGUGAUCAAUGGUCCAAGGUUGGGAAAAUAUUGGGACUCAUGUGCAAGCAUGGAUUUGAUUUUCCAGUGAGUGCAGUCCCAUGGUAAAAAACAUUUUUUGGAGCAUUAUUGGCGACCCACAGAUAGAUGAAUUAAUUGUGUAAUGAAUAUCUUUACAUUGGUCUGCUGAAUGCAUCUGUGCUGCUGGACAUCAAUACGCAACCCCCUGCAGUAUGUUUCGUGAUGGGAAUACAUUUAAUGGAUAUUCGUGCCAAUGCUUGAGCAAAGCUCUUCAUUGCUUCUAAUGUACA